AUGAGUUCAGCAAUUGGUCAAGAAGCCAUAUUUAUUGGUGCAAACAAACAAAACUUUGUUUCCGAUUAUAAUCCCACCGACAAGAUCUUAGCAUAUGGUGCUGCAAAUACAGUAGCCUUAUGGAAACCAUUAGAUAAAUCCCAAAAAGGAGUUUAUUCCACUUUAAAGAAUCAUGAUAAGGAAAUCACAGGGGUUAAAUUCAUUCCUAAUUCUCCAUUUUUGAUAUCGGUAGCUGAAGAUUAUAAAGUGAAUGUUUGGAAGAAUUCACUGUCAAACAACGACAAUUAUGAUCAUUUUCAAGAAUUACAAGGGCAUGAACAUUCAGUUACAUGUUUAGCUGCUGUAAAUGAAAAAGUAUUUGUUACUGGUGGAGCAGAUCGUCAAAUUAUAAUUUGGACUUUUGAUGAAAUUGAAAAGAAGUUUAAACUUGGUGAACGUUUACAAGUUAAACCAAAUUUUUAUCCUUUAUGUUUAGCCAUUCAAGAUAUUGACAAUGAUGGACAUUAUUUAUUAUCGAUUGGUGGGACUUCCAACCUUUUAUUCAUAUAUACAUUCAACCUUAAUGGAAAUAAUAUUUCCAACUUAUCAAAAGCAGCCGAAUUGUCAGGUCAUGAAGAUUGGAUCAAAUGUCUUCAAUUCGUCACCGAAACCCAACACAAAAACUACAUUUUAGCCAGUGGUGCUCAGGAUAGAUAUGUACGAUUAUGGAGACUUAAAUUGAACGAAUUAAUUGAUGAUUCAGACGAAGAUGAAACUAAAUUGAUCCUCUUAUCCAACAAACAAUAUAAAUUCAAUUUUGGCUCCAAUUCCCGAGCUGCAUUCAGUUUUGAAGCUUUGAUUAUGGGACAUGAUGAUUGGGUGACCGGCUUACAAUGGCAUCCAUCAUAUACAUACAAGAACAACAAAAUAGAAAAAAAACUACAAUUAUUAACUUCUACUGCCGAUACCGCAUUGAUGAUUUGGGAAAUGGACGUGGAUUCAGGUAUUUGGGUUUGUGUUAGCAGAUUAGGUGAAAUGUCAAUCAAGGGGGCAUCUACUGCCACGGGUGCCUCUGGUGGAUUUUGGUCAUGUUUAUGGUUUGUUGAUGACGAUACUAGUUCUCAAUAUGUACUUGCAAGUGGUAAAACUGGUUCUUUUAGAGUUUAUAAAUCAAUUGAUGAAGAAGCUAAAUCAUUUGAAUCAGUUUUGGGACUUACUGGUCCUGUUAAGGAUGUGACUGAUUUGAAAUGGUCUUUGAAUGGGGAAUAUUUCAUGGCAACUUCUUUAGAUCAGACAACUAGAUUAUUUGCUCCAUGGACAGUGAAUAGACAAGAAAUUACUUGGCAUGAAUUCGCAAGACCACAAAUUCAUGGAUAUGAUAUGAUUUGUUAUGAUAAUAUAACUGCAUCUAGAUUUGUUUCCGGUGGGGAUGAAAAAGUACUUCGUGUAUUUGAAAUGACAAAAUCCAUAAAUACUCUUUUGAAAAAUCUUUGCGGGAUUGAUGUUGUUGCUGAUCAAGAUAUUUCCCUUCCUGAAUCUGCUUCCCUUCCCGUACUUGGAUUAUCCAAUAAAGCUGCCAAUGAACAAUUGGAAGCUGGGGAUUUAGCUCCACAACAACAAGGCGAAACUGAUUCUGAACAACAAGAGCAAAAUGGUGAAAAGGAGGAUGUAUUGGCUACUCUUGAAACCCCACCUUUGGAAGAAUAUUUACAAAGAUAUACCCUUUUCCCCGAAAUUGAAAAAUUAUAUGGACAUGGUUAUGAAAUUGUCUGUUGUGCAACAUCUCCAAGUGGAACCCUUAUUGCAUCUGCAUGUAGAUCGAAUACUGCCAAACAUGCCGUCAUCAGAAUCUUCAAUUCCAAACGUGAUUUUCAACAAAGUCCACAAGUAUUAGAAGGUCAUAAUUUAACAAUUUCAAGUCUUGAAUUCUCACCCAAUGGGAAAUAUUUAUUAGCCGUCUCUAGAGAUCGUCAAUUUAGUUUAUGGUCGGUUGUGGAUGAAGAUAAUAGUGAAUUUAAAUUGGUUGAACUUCAUCCAAAACCACAUACUAGAAUCCUUUGGGAUUGUUCCUGGGUUCCUAAUAAUGUAUAUGGAGAUUUCUUUGUUACUGUUUCUCGUGAUAGACAAAUUAAGAUAUGGAAAAUUGUUGAUGGCCAUUGUGAUCCAUUAAGUGCAUUGAAAUUAUCGGCUCCUAUUACUUCUGUUUCGAUAUAUAAGGGAAUUUGGAAGAACGAUAGAGAGACAAUAAUAGCUGUGGGGUUGGAAGAUGGAAGUAUAUCUAUUUUCACAUUUGAUAUAUCUGUUCCAAAUAGUCAAUUUAACGAGAUUGUUUCGUUUAAUAAGUUGAUAACUCCUGCUGAUAGAAUUGAAAAGUUGAGUUUUAGUAAUAAAUUGCAUUCCAAUAAGUUAUUAUUAGGGGUUGGAAACAGCUUAUACAGAAACACUACACAAUUGACGAUGGCUGAUAAAUUUCCAGAAAUAGAAACCAUUGGUAAUGAUUUACCCCAAGAUGAUGAAUUAGAAGGAUCAGAUUUCUUAUCUCGUGAACGUGAAUUAGUUGGGGAUGAAUUUACCACAGAACAAGAUAAAGAAGUAUUAGCCCAAAGUGAUGAAGAUGAUGAAAUAAAUGAAUUCAAAGAACAAUUCCCAGCAGUUGAUGAUUCUGUUCCUGAACAACAAGUUGUAGCUGACGAAGCAGAUGAAGAUGAUGAAUUUGAAGAUUUUGGUUCUGCAGGUGCCACUACUACUGGUGAACAUAAAUUUGAAGGAGAAUCACAACCUUUGAAAGAAUGGAAAGAACGUCGUGAUUUGGAAAUUUCGGAAAGAGAAAAGGCAAAUGCUAAAGCUAAAGAAGAUAUUAUUGCUAAAGCACAAGAAACUAUUGAUGAUUUUUAUGAAAAUUAUAAUUUGAAAAAGGAAGAACAUUCCAAACAAACUUUAAAAGAAGAAGAAGAAUUCUUGGAAAAGAGAGAUGGGUUCUUGAAGAGAGGCACAUUAUGGGAUAGAGUUAAUGAAUUGGUGGAUGAAGUUGGUGAAUUACCAGAAGCUGAAGGUAGAGAUAAAUCUAGAUUCAAAGGUUUAUUAACUAAAUUAAAGGGGAAAGAAAAUGUACCUGGUGCCGGUGGGUAUUAA